AUGUCCUUGGUGGAUCUAGGGAAGAGGCUGCUGGAAGCAGCUCGGCAAGGGGAAGAUGACGAAGUGCGGAAGCUGAUGGCGCGCGGGGCGCCCUUCACCACCGACUGGCUGGGAACCUCCCCUCUUCACCUGGCAGCCCAGCACGGGCACUACUCGACGGCCGAGGUGCUGCUGCGCGCCGGGGUGAGCCGGGACGCCCGCACCAAGGUGGAUCGGACCCCCCUGCACAUGGCAGCAGCCGACGGGCACGCCCAGGUGGUGGAGCUGCUCAUCAGGAGUGGAGCUGAUGUCAAUGCCAAGGACAUGCUGAAGAUGACAGCUCUGCACUGGGCCACGGAGCACAACCACCGCGAUGUCGUGGAGCUGCUCAUCAAGUAUGGAGCUGAUGUCAACGCCUUCAGCAAGUUUGAUAAGUCAGCUUUUGAUAUUGCUUUGGACAAGAACAAUCCAGAGACUCUGGUGAUGCUGCAGGAGGCGAUGCAGAACCAGGUCGGCCCUCACCCAGAGGGAACAGACCCUGUCACCAACACUGUCACUCUCACCUCACCACUUAUUCUUGCACCAGGGGAAAUUCUCAGCCUCGCUGGUCUUGUGUCUUCAGCAAACACCAAAACAACCUCGGGUGAGUGUUUCUGUGACUCUGGGCAGUUUUCUGACACGACCACCUCAGUACUGGCCACCCUGGCUGCCCUGGCCGGGGCCUCCGCGCCGCGUCGCGCCCACACAGGCAAAGCAGAGGACGUGGAGGCAGCAGAUCCUGUGGGCUCUGCCCUGCAGCAGGUGGUGGGUGGUGGCAGUGGGGGACAACGUGUCAUCACCAUUGUCACCGAGGGGCUUCCCCUGGGCAGCCUACAAACAGCCCUCCCCCCCGGCAGCCUGGGCCAGCCCCUCAUCCUCACCGUGCAGGAGGGGCAGCAAGUUUUAACUGUACCUGCUGGUCAGGUGGCAGAGGAGACACUUGCUGAAGAUGGAAGUGACACCAAAGAGGAAGAAGAGCCACUGGCCAAGAAACAAAGAGUGGAACAAAACGUAGAUGAGUUGAAGGAAGAUGAUGGCAGCUCGGACAGGGAAGUGCAGCAGCUGCAGGAGGUGAACCGGGAGGCUCAGGAAUUCCACAGGCAGCUCCAGCAGGAGGAGCAGGAGGCAGAGCAGCACCAGCAGCUGGUGGCCCUGGAGGGGCAGCAGCACAACGGGGCAGAGGAGACAGUGCUCGAAGAAGUUGCCGAGGUUGACUCACUGGUGGUAACCUCAGAAGACAUCCAGGAAUCCGUGCUCUCCAUGCUGGAAACGGAGCAGCCGACGGAUAUCGCCGUGGAAACUGUAACUUCCUAA